AUGGCUCCGCUGGCCGAGGUGGGCGGCUUCCUGGGCGGCCUGGACGGCCUGGGGCAGCCGGUGGGUGCCCACUUCUUGCUGCCGCCCGCCGGGGAGCGCCCGGCGCUGCUCGGAGACCGCCGCGCCCCGGCGGAGCGGGGAGAUCGGCGCGCCCCGGCUGCGGCGGCGGCGGCGGCGGCGGCGGCGGACCUGGCGCACUUGCAGGGCAUCCUGCGGCGGCGGCAGCUGUACUGCCGCACCGGCUUCCACCUGCAGAUCCUGCCCGACGGCAGCGUGCGCGGCACCCGCCAGGACCACAGCCUCUUCGGUAUCCUUGAAUUCAUCAGUGUGGCAGUGGGACUGGUCAGUAUUAGAGGCGUGGACAGUGGCCUUUACCUUGGAAUGAAUGAAAAGGGAGAACUCUAUGGCUCUGAGAAACUAACUUCUGAGUGCAUCUUCAGGGAGCAAUUUGAGGAAAACUGGUACAACACCUACUCAUCCAAUGUGUACAAACAUGGGGAUUCAGGGCGGAGGUACUUUGUAGCACUUAAUAAAGACGGUACUCCCAGAGAUGGGGCAAGGUCCAAAAGACACCAGAAAUUCACGCAUUUCUUACCCCGGCCUGUGGAUCCUGAAAGAGUUCCAGAACUGUACAAAGAUGUGUUAGGAUACAGCUGA